AAGUCUGGCACCAAUGUUCCUGCUCGAAACCAACCCAAUUCUCAUGGCCUCAUGGCAUUGUUUCAGCAGCUGCGUGAAAGUGGGUGGAAGUGCAUUCAAGAAAGCUCAUGGGUCUGAAAUUUUUAAGAUGGCUUCAAAAGAUGCAGAGUUGAAUGAGAUUUUCAGCAAUGGGAUGAAUUCAGUGACAAAAAGCACAAUGAAGGCAAUACUUACAGGGUAUAAAGAUGGGUUUAAUUCCAUUACAUCACUUGUUGAUGUAGGUGGAGGGAUAGGGGUUGCCAUGUCUGAAAUUGUCAAGGCAUAUCCUCAUAUAAAGGGGACAAAUUUUGAUUUGCCUCAUGUUGUGUCAACAGCUCAAAAAUAUGAGGGUGUUUCUCAUGUUGGGGGUGACAUGUUUCAGGCUAUCCCACCUGCUGAUGUUGUUGUUGUCAAGUGGAUAAUGCAUGAUUGGGGAGACGAAGAUUGUUUGAAGAUUGAGUGGACUUUUUCCUUGUGUUCUGAUUGUGGGUUAAGAGUUUUGCAUAUUUGGUUGUUCAUCAUUGUAUCAGAUGUUUCUGUUUUUUUUUUUAAACCAACAUGUAACUCUAGAAGGGUGACCAAGGAAAACAGGGGAGCAGGAGUGCUGGAGAACGUUUCAGAAGGGGAGAAAUAUGCAGAGCAUGCUCUUAGGAAGUUCGUUCGUAACAGGUCUCCAGAGAUUAUGCCGUCUAUCAAUGGCUUCUUCAACGACCCAAAGUGA